AUGGACAGCGGUCUGGAAGACGACCUGGAUCUCUACGCCCUCCUCGGCGUCGACAACUCCGCCAGCCCCAACGACAUCAAGAAGGCUUACCGCAAGCUUGCGCUGCAACACCACCCCGACAAAGUCCCCGAGGAAAUCCGCGCCGAGUCCGAGGCAAAGUUCAAGGCCAUCACGCAAGCAUACGAAAUCCUCCGCGAUGAUGAAAAGCGCCACUUGUACGACACACACGGCAUGGCCGCCUUCGACCCGUCGCGAGGCGGACCGGGUGGCCCCGAUGUCGACCUCAACGACAUCCUAUCCCAAAUGUUUGGCAUGAACAUGGGCGGUAUGCCGGGUGGUAUGCCGGGUAGCGGGCCCCGUCGCCCGAGGCGGAGUCCGGACGAGGAACAAGCUUACAAGGUCACGCUGGAGGAGCUGUACAAGGGCAAAACGGUCAAGUUCGCUGCUGAGAAGCAGGUGGUCUGCGGCCAAUGCAAGGGGAGCGGCGCGAAGGAUAAGGUGAAGUCGAAUACGUGCGACCGCUGCCACGGCGCCGGGCGUCAAGAGGCCUUCCGCCAGGUUGGGCCUGGGCUCGUUCGGAAGGAGGUCAUCCCUUGCGACCAUUGCCAGGGCUCGGGUAUGUACUACAAGGAGAAGGACCGCUGCAAGAAGUGCAAGGGGAAACGCACCAUCAAGGAGACCAAGGCGUUGGAGCUUUACAUCCCCCGCGGUUCCAUGCAGGGCGAGCGCAUUGUGUUGGAAGGCGAGGCUGAUCAGAUGCCCGACAUGAUCCCCGGCGACCUGAUCUUCCACUUGGCCGAGGAGCCUCACGAUAAUUUCACCCGUAUCGGCCACGACCUCUCCGCGGACCUGCACGUCACACUAGCUGAGGCCUUGUCUGGCUUCUCGCGUGUGGUGCUCAAGCACCUCGACGGAAGGGGUAUUCACAUAGAUCACCCCCGGGGCAAGAUUCUCCGCCCCGGUGACGCGCUCAAGGUUCCGGGCGAGGGUAUGCCGCACAAGAGGGGAGAUGCUAAGGGAGACCUUUACCUCAUCGUCAAGGUCGACUUUCCUGAGGACGGCUGGCUGUCCAGCAAUGCCGAAUACGACUCCCUUCAGAAGCUGCUACCGCCUCCCGUGGAGCCCAUCGAGGCGGAAGAAAUCGACGAGGUACAAUACGAAGCGAACGCUGACAUCGAAGAGAUGGGGGCUCACCAAGGUGAUCCACGGUACGGCGGAGAGUGGGAGGACGAAGAGGAAGAAGAAGGCGGCCCACAAUGCACUAAGGCGUUUAUGCGCCACCAGAGUGACCGCUUCCUGCGUGUCGACUCAGCAUGGCGCAAGCCCAAGGGUAUUGACAACCGCGUCCGGAGACGGUUCCGUGGUAACCUUGCUAUGCCCUCGAUCGGCUAUGGCUCCAACAAGAAGACCCGCCACCUGACCCCCUCGGGCCACAAGGCCUUCCGUGUCAGCAACGUCAAGGACGUCGAGCUCCUCCUUAUGCACAACAAGACCUACGCCGCAGAGAUCGCCCACAACGUUUCGUCGAGGAAGCGGGUCGAUAUCAUCGCGCGGGCGAAGCAAUUAGGCGUCAAGGUCACCAACCCGAAGGCGAAGGUCACGACGGAGGUCUAA